AUGUAUAUGUUUGGUGGCGUUGAUGACCGGCUGGAACUUAACUUCCUUCGUGCCGCUUUCCGGCUCUCACGCCACAACUUCUUAAAGCCCUUACUACGUUCCGCACACACAGAAGUGUGUGUGUUACUGAAGGGCGGCACCGUGUGGGCCGUCACCGUAUUCCGUCCGCGCCUGCACCGCCAUGAUCCGUUUUUCCGGCGCUACAACGCCGACCUGGUCGACUUCCAAGCGCGUGUCUUUGCGCGCAGCGGCCUCUCGCCCACGGAGACCUACCUGCCGCCCAUGCUCAAUCCGGCCUUUGUGGGCCCCGACCUGCUCACAGAUUUGGACUCGGCGUCGAAGGAAUGUCGGAUGGCGGUAUGCGGCGCGGUGGAGGGGUUGUUCAAAAAGACGGGGCUUACACCGACCGACAUCGACAUCCUGAUCACCACGUGCUCCAUCUACUGCCCCACGCCGUCCAUGGCGUCGAUGGUGGUCAACGCUUUUGGAUUACGUAAGGACGUACAGUCGUACCAUCUUGGCGGCAUGGGCUGCUCCAACGGUGUGGUGGGAAUCAACCUGGUCGCUGAUUUGCUGGCGGCCCACCCCAACAGCAACGCCUUGUUCAUCACGACAGAGAUCACCACCCCUGCCUACUACUGGGGGGUGGAGCGCCACAGGCUGGUGACCAACCUGCUCUUCAGAAUGGGCGCCGCCGCCAUGCUGCUCACAAACAAGGCCUCCCUGGCGCGACCCACGGGUCGCGGGGCACAGGGUCGCGGUGCCAAGUACCAGCUACUGCGACGAGUACGAGUUCACUCGGGACAAAACGACGAGGCGUUCACAGCCAUUCACUUUAGCCCAGACGACAAAGGCAAGAACGGGAUCUACCUGGGGAAGAACGUCGUAAAGGAGGCGAGCAGGGCGCUGGGCGAUGCCAUGACAAAGGCCAGCGCCACGCCGCCGUCGUCCCGGCCGCCGUACAGGCCAAAUUUCCAGCAGUCCACCGUCAGGCAUUUCCUGUUGCACGCGGGCGGUGCCAAAGUAUUAGAUGGACUGGGUGAGGCGCUUCAGCUGGAUGACACCAAGCUGGCGCCAUCCCGUACCGUACUGCACGACUACGGCAACAUUAGCAGCAGCACCACGUGGUACACGCUGGCCUGUGUGGAGACCACCACCGGCAUCAAGAAGGGAGAGCGAGUGUUACAAAUUGGAGUGGGCAGCGGCAUGAAAUGCGGAGUCAACGUGUGGCGGGCGCUCCGUGACGUGUACGAGCUUCACGAGGCGUGGGCUCACCGCGUCAGCCCCGAGCAGCGGGCCUCCCUGGAGCUCAGGGGGGCGGUGGAUGUGGCGCACGGCUGGUCGCACAUGUCCCUGCGGGCGCUGUUCGCGGUGCUCAUGGUGCUGCUGGCCGCGGCCAUGCACUGGCUCAUGUUGCAGCGCGUGGCGGCGGCGGCGGCCGGGAGCCUAGGAGCCCGCGAUUGA